CCGCGCCGGUCGCACGCUCCGCGACCGACCAAUUCGAAUUCCGAUUUCGAACAUUCCAAAUUUUCUACUUCUUGAUUUACAAAAUUUAGUAGCCAGUUCCGUUAUGCGUUAGGGCUUUAAUUUUUUUUUUGAAAAUAUUUUUUUAUUAACAAUGGAAGUUAGUGCUAUACCUCCCAUGCCUCUGGACUUCUCUAUGGUGAGGAAUGGAAGUGGUUCUCCUGGAAGCAGCCUCCGGGAGAAUUCUCCGAGACCUGUGUCCAAUAGCGCCUUCAGAGUUGUCACGCCAAAAGGAAUAUCAGCCAGCGAGGCACUGCGCAGUGGCUUGUGCCAGUCGCUAUGGGGAGCUUCAGCCAGCAGACCAGAACCUCGACUCGCAUCACCGCCGCCUGUUCAGAGCCAGGACUCUUACACUGUUAGAGAUGAUAUCAAAUUCGGCAUCAACCGCUUGGUCAGUGAGAAGACAGACGAAGAUGAUGAAGAAACCCCACAAAAUGAUAUCACAAGACCUGACGCCACGUCACCGGCGUCACGAUGUGGAAGUCCUUGUUGGGUACCGUCACCACAGUCCCCUAGAUCAGUUCGUUCAAGUUCACCUGAACUUGAAGUGGACUCCCCACCUUCUUCUCCGAGAAGACCACCAGAUUCUUCACCACCGCCGAAAAGAUCAGAGGCUUUUUCCGUCAGUGCGUUGCUACGACCAGACGCACCUAGAGUUCAACCGCAACGACCAUUUCUUUACCCUCCUCUACCGUUUGCUGAAUUCCUUAGAGACGCAGGCAGUCUUGGUAUACCUGGAUGGGGUGGUUAUAGUAACCUGUAUCUGCAUGCUGUCCAAGCUGCUGGUCCAGAACUUCUACGAUUGAGAGCUGCAGUCUUAGGAGCACCCGGCCCGUUAUCUAGACCGUUGCCCAUUGGAGAUGUGUACUCCUGUGUGAAAUGUGAGAAGAUGUUCAGCACACCGCAUGGACUAGAAGUGCACGCCAGAAGAUCUCAUAACGGAAAGAGGCCGUUUGCAUGUGAAUUGUGCAGCAAAACUUUUGGACACGAAAUUAGCUUGAGCCAACACAGGGCGGUGCACAGUGUUGAGAAAGUCUUCGAGUGCAAGCAAUGUGGGAAGACCUUCAAACGCUCCAGUACCCUCUCCACCCACCUGCUCAUCCACUCUGACACUAGACCCUAUCCUUGUCAGUACUGCGGCAAGAGGUUCCACCAGAAAUCUGAUAUGAAGAAGCACACUUAUAUCCAUACGGGCGAGAAGCCCCACAAAUGCCAAGUCUGCGGCAAAGCGUUCAGCCAGAGUUCAAACCUGAUCACCCAUUCUCGCAAGCACACGGGUUUCAAGCCCUUCGCAUGUGACCUUUGUGGACGAGCUUUCCAGAGAAAGGUGGACCUUCGAAGGCACAGGGAGACCCAACAUGCGGACUUACGGACCCCACAGCCGCAUAUGCAGCCGCCGCAUACUGAUGUCCAUGCCAUGCAUGCGCCAGAUAUGCACGCCGUUGCUGAACGACGGAUAGAUCUCUGCGCUCCACACGACAUGCGGCCACAGCACCCUGACUUCCGCGCCCCCCACAUGACUAGCGUGCCUCCCCUCCAGGCGCUCCCCUCCUGAACUUCAACAGCCUUCGCGCCAACUAGCUGGCGCUGAGGCUUCUAGGAAUGAAGAAAAAAAAAUGGCGGUAACAUAACAGGACCUACUAACCACGUUGCAAAUGUUUCUAUGCGAUUUGCCUCAUAGCGUACUUCGUGCGGUAUUGAAAUAAUUGAAACGUAGGGCAGAUUAUAACCCAUCCGAAUUAAACAAACACCUGACGUCAUAAAGGAUGCGAGUAACAUGCUCACGAGUGUCGACAUUGGAACAUUCGCAACUUGGUUAAGUGUUCACUGGUCGUCGAAAAAUAUGGAACUUUAAAAAAAGUGAUAAUUUUAGUUUAACAGUUCUGUACCGUCGGUGAAAAGUAAUACAACUCGAGUUGUAUCACUUUUGAGUUAUUAGCACACACUUCAUGUUCGAAAAAUUCUCUUUCUUUCUGUCUAAUUCUCGUAACUGUAGCUAUUAUAAAUACGGAGAUAAUUUUUGUGUAAAGUGAUAUAAGUACUGUUUGUGAAGGAUUCAUGCUGUUAUAACACGUGUAACAUAAUUCAUCUUAACUUGCAUCAAAGUGAAAUGAAGAUUUUCAUUAAAUAUUUUGGUGUAAGUAAAUGCAACUCAAGAUAUAUUAAAAUACACGCCAUGCUUGAAUUCUCACGGUCCGUGUUUAAUGAUAUAAUUUUAGUUGUAACAUCAAACACCAAAUUUAUUUUUUCGUGAAAAGUAAUAUAAAUUAAUAUAUAUCAAAAUAUUUCAGAAAAUACGAUCUUGGAUAUCAUUAACAUGUCGUGUAUAAUGAUACAUACAAGUUCGAUUCUAUGCGCCACCAGUGUGUAUCUUAGGGUAACCUCCGCAUAAACCUGUCUAUGGGAAGCCAUUUUGUCUAGAGCCACAGCAAACCAUAUCUGAUCCGCAUUGCGAAUGGGUAUAGGUUACGUUAGUACUUCAGACCAAACCGUGUUUUUUCUCUUUCUGUUAUAACCGCCUUGUAGUACUUAAUAAUAGUACCUCAAUAAGUUGUGAGUCCUGAUCAUGGCGUCGAUAUCACCAUGGCAGGGUUAGUCAAGAGGUAUUUGAGAUUUGUCAUACUGUCAUUAGUCUCCUUCCCUUAGCUCGAAGCAUAGCUGUUUUACAUAGUUUUCUUGAUUACAUGCAGGUUAAGCGGUGGCAGAUUGAACGCUGCUUUCAUUGCUAAGGAGGUUGUAGACGUGAAAUAAUAGCUCCAAAUAUUAUCAAGCGCCAAUUAAUAUGCAAGCCAUUCAAUACACGCUGGUUAGAUCUUUGAUGCAAGCGCCGGUAGUGGUAUUUUUGAACCUACACAGCUGUAGAUGAUCGUACAUACUUUUGGGUUUAAGGUCCCACUGGGAUCCAGCUUGGCAUCGGCAGCAUCGGGAUCUGCCACAUCUUCUCAAGAGAAGAUUACCAGUUUCUCAAACGCGUUGAAUGGUGUAAAUAAUUGGUCGAGCUUUCUCGUCUUUAUAAAGGGAACAACUACUCUGAACUCUGUGCACCACCGUUAAAUUGUUUUUUCUGUAUUUUGAUUAUAUAAGAGAGAAUUACGCACAGGACCGUGAAAAAUGGAAAGAGGAAGGGGAGGCCUUUGCCCAGCAGUGGGAUCUUGUAGGAUAAAUUAGAUUAGAAUAAAUAAUUGGCAACACCACGGGCACAACCCCUUAAUUAAACCAGGUCACAAAGUUUGUAGAAAUCCCAGGAGGUAUUUGAGCUUCUGAAAAAAGCUGGUUGGCUUACAUAGUCAACAAAAGCACGCAUAAUGGACCACUUGCGUUUAUGCGGAAAACUGAGCCCAUUAAAGUAACAUUAGAUAUGGGACAUUUGUCCAUACAUGUUGUGCCGACCCCAACUAGAGUGGAAUAAAGGCAGGAGGAUGAUGAUGAUAUAGUGGGAAGUUGCCCACUUCACAAUAGUGGUCCAUACGCGAGGAUACGCGGAACGUGUGCUUACGUCUAAAGUUUUGUGGAAACGAACUCAUUUAGCUUAACCAUAACAGACCAUGGUAAAGGUGAUAAGACCUACCCUGAGGAUAGCCCUGUGUAACCUAUAGGUUUGAAGGUGAAUCAAUGAUCUUCAUUUUCUCUACCUAUUCUUAUCGUCAACAUUGAUUCGACUCCGUUUAUGGUUCUGUCAAUGUUGCGGGCUACCAUUAGACCGGGAAUUUUAAUAAUUCGAAGUAUUGAAUUAUCAAAACCUCUGUGGAAAUGCGCCCUUCGAUCGCCGGGCAAGCUUUGCUCAUUUUCUUCGUGAUACAUGUAUACUUUAGGGGAUUUUGAUUGUGGAAUGAGUUGUAAUCUUUUAAAUAGUUUCAGCAGGAAUGAAGUAACACUAACCAGUUUGUGUGAUUUUGGUUUAAAAGUACGUAGGUACAUCACUUUUAUCUCCAGGCCGUGCUGCCAGGCUAGCCCGAAUCAUUCCUAAUGACCAGUCUUAAUAUAAUUCCUCUUACCUUUAUUUGUUAGGGGUGGAAAUAUUAUCAUAAUUGAAUUUAUAAGAUGAACCAACAAUGGUUUUGAUUAGGGGCGUAGUGUGGUGGACAAAAUGUGUUUGUAGCGGGCAGCAGUGGUGGUUUUGACCGGUUAUUUAUGAGUUUUGAGAGUAAAAUCAUAACAAAAUAUUUUAUUAUCGCCACCUUACACUAUAUAUACGUGUACCAUCUUUAUAUUAUGUAUUUAUUACUAGAAAUUCGUAAAAACAUGUAUCAUUUUACACAAUAAAACCGAAAAAAUAAAUCAAGUUAUACCACUUGACACAAAUUCGUUAUAGUUUUAUCGUUUGUGUCAAUUGAUAUAAGUUACGUUUCUUUACUUUUUAAAGAAAAUAAAUAGAAUUUUGCCUUUCUACAACUUCAUAAAAUAAACUUUCUUCCAAGACAUUUUGUUUUAUGUACAAUAAGACUGUAAAAUUAUUAAUUGAAAAUAUGAUAUAUCAACGAUGACUUUUGUAUAGUUAUGUGUGUAAAAAGGUAUAUGUAGACUUGUAUCAAUUUACACAGUAUAAAAGUUGGUGUCAACUGAUACAUGUAAUUUAUUUUGAUCCUCUACCAUUUCUGUUUAGGUUCUAAAUAUAACUAAAUAUUAGAAAAGAAACCUUCCAUCAUCACCUAUCGACACAUAUAACUUCUGUUCCAUUAUUCCUUAUAAGUCACGAGCUAGAAUAUUUUUAACUUUAAACUCGAUUUUCUCAAAACUUCAAUUUUGGACUUGUAUUACUUUUCACCGACGGUACAGAGUUGUU